UGGCCUUAUCAGAGAUCUCGUGAGAGAACAAUUCGCAUGAGUGUUAACAUUACAUGGCUAAUUUCUAUUCUUGCUGUACAGGCAGCACAGUUUUACGCAUGCGAGACGACGCAGUGCAUAAUUCAAGCUGUACCAGUACAUUUAACCGCAUGGAUAGCUCUCCUGAAAUUAUUAACUUGUUAUUUCAAUAAUCAAAAAAUUAAAUACCUCAUAAAACAUUUACACACGGAUUGGAAUAUUCUCGACACUCAAGAGGAACGAGAAAUUAUGAAGAGGUAUGCCAUAAACGGCAGAUGGUACACUUUCGCAUACGCCUCAUGCAUUUACGUUACUACGUUGACAUUCGGGGCAACUGCUCUUUUACCGCGUAUCAUGGACGUUAUAUUUCCCCUGAACGAAUCUCGUCCGAUAAUAUUGCCGUUUCCGGCAUACUAUUUCAUCGAUGAGACUAAAUACUUUUACUACAUAUAUUCUCAUCUUACAUUGGGCAGUUUGAUAUGUAUUGCCGGAGUCGUCGCGCACGAUUGCAUCUUUUUAACUUUGGUCGAACACGUCUGCGGCCUUUUCGCUAUUGUGGGAUAUAGGUUUGAAUAUCACUUAUACAAACGCAAUAUUACGGACAAGUGUCUGAGUAAUAUUUCAAAUGAUGUAUAUGUCGAAAAUAUUGCGUAUUCCAUUCAACUUCAUCAAAGAACUCUACACUUUGCUACUCUUAUCGAGAAAACUUUUACUUUAUCCUUCGCCAUACAAAUCCUAAUUAUUGUGAUUGUCAUGAGCACUAGUUUAAUACAACUCUCGGAAGAACUGCAGAAUGAUAUGAUAGCAGUAAUAAAAUUCUUUAUAUAUAUCUUAGCUCAGUUAUUCCAUUUACUAGUUUUCAGCUAUCAGGGACAAAAAUUGAUAAAUCAUAGUCUUGAAACACACGCAAAAAUUUAUAAUGGCUUAUGGUACACCAUACCUGUGAAGUCGCAAAGAAUGCUGUUGUUCGCCAUGAGAAAAAGCUCGGAAGUUGUUUCAUUGUCUGCCGGAAAGAUAUAUAUAUAUUGUCUAGAAAGUUUUACUUUGAUCAUGAAAACUUCGGUCUCCUACUUUACGGUAAUGUCAUCCUUCAGCGAGCCGUGACUGAAGACUGAUAAUUGUCACCACAUAUUUAGUAAAAUUUCUCCAACAUUCCACAGAUAUGACAUCACAAACAGU